GGGGCGGACGCUCGCGCCCCUCCUCUCCCCGCCUGUGCGCUACCCCGCGCUCGGGCUCCGGAGCCGUCAUGGGCGCCGCCGCGUGGGCACCGUCGCCCCUGCUGCUGCGUGUGUCUCUCCUGAUUCUGAUUCUGCCGCUCCCGGGGCUGCUCGCGGGCUCCUGGGACCCGGCCGGUUACCUGCUCUACUGCCCAUGCAUGGGGCGCUUCGGGAACCAGGCUGAUCACUUCUUGGGCUCCCUGGCUUUUGCAAAGCUGUUGAACCGCACCUUGGCUGUACCCCCUUGGAUUGAGUACCAGCAUCACAAGCCUCCCUUCACCAAUCUCCAUGUGUCUUACCAGAAGUACUUCAAGCUGGAGCCCCUCCAGGCCUACCAUCGGGUCAUCAGCCUGGAGGACUUUAUGGAGAAGCUGGCACCCACUCAUUGGCCCCCUGAGAGGCGAGUGGCAUACUGCUUUGAGGUGGCAGCCCAGCGAAGCCCUGAUAAGAAGACGUGCCCCAUGAAGGAAGGAAAUCCCUUUGGUCCAUUUUGGGAUCAGUUUCAUGUGAGUUUCAACAAGUCCGAGCUUUUUGCAGGCAUUUCCUUCAGCGCCUCCUACAAAGACCAGUGGAUCCAGAGAUUUUCUCCAAAGGAACAUCCAGUGCUCGCCCUCCCAGGGGCGCCGGCCCAGUUCCCCGUCCUGGAGGAACACAGGCCACUCCAAAAGUACGUGGUAUGGUCGGACGAGAUGGUGAAGACGGCAGAGGCCCACAUCCGCGCCCAUCUCAUCCGGCCCUACGUGGGCAUUCACCUGCGCAUUGGCUCUGACUGGAAAAACGCCUGCGCCAUGCUGAAGGACGGAACCGCAGGCUCCCACUUCAUGGCCUCCCCGCAGUGUGUGGGCUACAGCCGCAGCACGGCGGCCCCUCUCACCGUGACCAUGUGCCUCCCUGACCUGAAGGAGAUCAGACGGGCCGUGAAGCUCUGGGUGGAAGCGCUGAACGCCCGGUCGGUCUACAUUGCCACGGAUUCUGAGAGUUAUGUGCCCGAGAUCCAAGAACUCUUCAAAGGGAAGGUGAAGGUGGUGAGCCUGAAGCCCGAAGUGGCCCAGAUCGACCUGUACAUCCUUGGCCAAGCUGACCACUUUAUUGGCAACUGUGUCUCCUCCUUCACCGCCUUCGUGAAGCGGGAACGGGACCUCCAAGGGAGGCCGUCCUCUUUCUUUGGCAUGGACAAGCUCCCUCAGCUGCGGGAUGAGUUCUGAUCCUGGCUGGAGCAUGUCACCAGUCUAAGCUGGUCACGCUUGCCAGGCCUGACAGCCAGCGGUGCUCCCAGGACCGAUUCCCAAGGAUGCAAGCUCUUCCCCCUCGCCAGAGACAGGAAAGCACCAGGGACUUCUGGAGGAGGAGGACUCCAUCUCCCGGGGCACAGGGCUUUCAGGCUCCCGAGCCAGAGCGUCUCCAGUCCCUGUGUGCCUCUGCUGUUUCUCCUGGGGAUUUCUCACACUGGCAAAGCAGUCUGACCUCCAUCUUUUGGUCUGCCCUGCUCUGAGCAUCCUAGGGGGCUGAACUCUUCUCAGUAUUUUUUUAUAUAAAGAGAGACAGAGGUUCUUAUAGUUUUGAUAUGAGGUCAUGACUACCCUAGAACUCUCCCUCAUUUUUAAAAAUCAGUGAAGUUCAUUACCGUAGGUAUCUAAAGUGACCUUGAAUGAGGAUGAGGCCAGGGGUGGAGCGGUUGUAUUGACCCCUUUUCCAGCUGACCCCCAAAGUAGCCCUUAGACUGGGCCAGAGCCAACCCCACUGCCUGGCCAGAGCCAUCAUCUACCCCUCUUCCGAGCCCAUUUCCAUGCUCACUGGGGCAUGAGCACUUGUCUCAUUAUAAACACUAUGCAAGUAGAAGUUAGGAAUCAUGAUGCUGUGCACUGCUCUGUUGCAGACACGGAGUGCUGCCCACACAGCACGUUCCAAGUAAGGAGCACCUGCCAUCGAACGAGACCAUCAUGCUAUUGCUCUCAGAGUCUUCUGGUGCUUGGUGACCUGCCACAAACCUGGCUCCAUCGAGAUCUUGGAGCGUAUCACCAGGGACCAGCAGUGGAUGGCCUGGCGGCAUCCUUCUGAAGGCUGCCCUCUCCUCCUUCAUCUGUGUCCUAAGGGGCCUGGUUGUAGAAUUUUGCCAUUAAGUUGCUAUCCAAAACCUGUCCCCGCAGCCUCCUGCCUGUGGCUGGAGCUCUGAGGCCAUAUUCUCACAAGGGAGCGUUUGCUAAGCCUCUGACCAGGUAGGAGAUACCCCUGACCCAGAAGCCAUCAGAUUCCCAAUCUGCCCUUUCCUGUCCGAUAAAAUCUCUGCCAACCCCAUGAGGCUUAAACUAUUACAUUGUGCGGGGUUUUUUUGUUGUUGUUGUUAUUGUUGUUUGUGGUUUUUUUGUUGUUUUUUGUUUUUUGGGUUUUUUUUGACUUUCAGAUGCUACAGUUGUGAUAAUCCAUGACUCCUAAGAUUCUGUGAUGUUUUGGCCUUGUGGUUCUAAAAUUCAUGUCUAACACCUGCUGGUGUCUUCCCUGCCAUGUGCCUUCCCUUGGCCUUCAAUCCUGGGAAGGUGGAGGAGAGUCUAAUGAGAGCCAAGCCCAGAGCUCUGUGCAGGGCUUCUCCCUUAAAUUACCUUUGGGAAGAAACAUUGUCUUUGUCAAGGCCAGAGGUUGCAGAGCAAUAAGGAUUUCAAACACCAAAGGUGGCCUUUGCUGCUUGGAGCUGCUGCCCGACUUGAAGCAGAGAAACUAGAGAAAGGGCUUGGGAAAUGUGAGAUGUUCUAAAUCCUGGGUGGACCCUGAGAGAUGGCUUGUCUGUUCAGACUUGCUCACAAGCUUCACUCACGGGUGCAGGGGCCUGUGCACGCCUGCCUCUGUGGGGUCGCUGGGGAGGGGAGGCUCACUUCUGGUUUUGUGUGCUGAAUUUGUUCGCUGUUCACAGCCUCACACUAGGCACACGCUUUAGAGUCUGGGGCUCUGAUGGGCCAUCCAGAUCACUUUGAUUAGCAUCGGCAGUGGUAACAACUCGUGUUUCUGGCGAGAAGAUGCCAGCGUUGUAGUCAGAUUCAGUUGUGUUCCACAGGCAGGCACUCUAUUCCUCUUUGACCCAGUUGCCUCACCUAUAAAAAUGGUGAUAAAAAACCGACGGGGUUGUUGAAAGCCUCAAAUCAGAUAAAGCAUGUAUAAGAGGACGUUGUAAACUAGAAAGAACCAAAGGCGCAUAUAUGGCUGCUGAUUAAUUUGGUGGCCUGUUGUCGCACACCUACUCUGUGCCAACACUGUGCUUGUCAAGUGCUUUAUGGGAAUUUAGCCCCCACUCCAGCCCUGGGCGUAGGAACUGUUAAUAUCCUUCUCUUGCUGCACAGGGAAAAACUAACACUCAAAAAAAUUCUCAUAAUUUUCUCGAGGCCACAUAGCUGGUGGUGUUAAGCCAGGAUCUGACCUCCCAAAGCAAUUACCAUUAGCCCCACACCCCCCCAUUACUGCCGCCAGUUCACAGGAUGUACUUUACGCAGUGGGGGGGGGGGUGGAGCGGGGUUCAGAUGGGAGAAUGAUCAGCCACUUUAGUUCCCACUGGGCUCCUGCUAUGGGUCUGUUACUGCCAGGAGGUUUUGGGGAAGGAGAAAUCACCCAAAAACAAAGCCCACACGAGGCUUGUAGUUCUUUCGGUAUUUAUUCCCACAUUCUUUCAUUCGAGUCACCAACUAUGUGCCAGGCUGUGUGUUAGGUACUAGAGAUUCAGCAGAGAAUCAGACAUAAAGUCUGUUCUUAAGGUAUUUGCAUUGUAGUAAGUACACGACCCAAUGAAGACAUGUACUGGGGGAGGUACUGACCAACUGCUAUGAAGAAAAAUAAAGGGUCUGAGGUGUUCACAGAGGGAGCAGUGCUGUUCUGGAUGAGGAGUUCAGGUAAAGACUCUCCCAAGAGCUGCCAGAAAGAAGGAAGGGGCCACUCAUUCAGAUAUCUGGAGGCAGCACAUUCCAGGCAAAGGAAACAGCAGAUGCAAAGGUCCUGAAGCUGGAAUGACUGAGUGAAGAGUGGCAAGGAGCUUGCAUGUUUGGAAUGGCAGGACUGAGGCAGGGAAUGGAGCAGUAGAUCAGAGCAGGCAAGGUCCUAUAUCCUGGAAGCCAGUGGUAAAGUCCAAACUUUUAUUUGGAGAGAUGGGGAGCUUUUGCAGGGUUCUGAACAGAGAAGGAUCAAGAUCUGCUUAUAGUUUGAGGGACCCUUCUAGCUGAAUGUGGAAUAAAGGUGGGAGGGUGGAAGCAUGGAGACCAAUGCAGGGCUGGUGCUGGGAUACAAGCCAGGUGGUGGGGCUCAGGCAAGGACCAUUGCAUUGAAGGUGAUGGGAAGUGGGCAGAUACUGGAUAUAUGAAUUAUUUUUAAAUUUCAAGCUUUUUUAUUUUUUUAAGGUUUUAUUUUUAAGUCAUCUCUACCCCCAAUGCGGGGCUCAAACUUACAGCCCUGAGAUCAAGAGUCACACACUCUACUGACUGAGCCAGCCAGGUGCCCCAUUAAAUUUCAAUCUUUUUUAAAGAUAGGAGUCUUUGUAUAUUUUAAUAAUGCAAUGUAUACAAUUUCAUGUGUUGUUUUUCACUUAAUAGUAUAUCACAUUUUCCAUGUUGGUACACAUCCUGAAUAAACGUUUUUAAUGGCAAGAUUCUA